AAUUGUCUCAGUUGAUUGGCGCAACUCGUUUGGAUGCGCGCGCGCUCCUCUGAAAGGAAUCUCUAUAUAAAUCGAUGAACUGUGAAAACUAGUCUGUUGUGAUGUGCAUUAAUUAAAUGAUUACCAAGAUAUCAAUAACGUUUCAGCAUGGUGCACCACAAUAUCCAAAUUGGACUACAAAACGUGCUCAGUGACACGAACCCUGACGAAGAAGGGAAACAAAAUGGCGCCGCCGUUCGGGAAGGAAACGUCACUUAUGGCAUCGAUGACAUUCCACCAUGGUACCUGUGCAUCUUCAUGGCUUUACAGCACUACCUGACGAUGAUUGGAGCCAUCGUGGCCAUCCCGUUCAUUUUAUGCCCGGCGCUUUGCAUGCAGGAGACAGACCCUGACCGCUCCAACAUCAUCUCCACCAUGAUCUUCGUCACUGGCCUCAUAACCUGGCUGCAAGCGACCUUCGGCUGCCGGCUGCCCAUAGUCCAAGGCGGGACCAUCUCGUUCCUAGUACCAACCCUGGCCAUCCUGGGGCUCCCAGCGUGGCAAUGUCCUGAAGCAAGCGAGUUGGGGGCGAUGACGGAGGAGCAGCGGCGCCUGGUGUGGACCAGUCGCAUGUGCGAGCUGUCUGGAGCGAUAGCCGUGUCUGCUGUGCUGCAGUUGGUCUUUGGAUACUUCGGCAUCUUCGGCCAACUACUGCGGUUCGUGACACCUCUCACGAUCGCUCCAACUGUGGCCCUCGUGGGACUCACGCUGUUCGACCACGCCGCUGAGGCCGCGUCCCAGCAGUGGGGUAUCGCAGCUGGGACCUUCAUCCUGCUGACGAUCUUCUCCCAGUGCAUGGGGGAGGUGAAGAUUCCGACCCUGGCUUGGAAGAAGGGUCGCUGCACCAUCACUUGGUUCCCGCUCUUCAAGCUGUUCCCAGUGCUCCUAACAAUAGUCAUCAUGUGGGCGAUCUGUGGUAUUCUGACGGCGACCGGCACGCUGCCUCCACACCACCCCGCCAGGACUGACGUCAAGAUCAACAUCAUUGAGGACGCUCCAUGGUUCCGCGUGCCUUACCCAGGGCAAUGGGGAGUGCCGACUGUGAGCGUAGCAGGAGUGCUUGGGAUGCUUGCUGGAGUAUUGGCCUGCACUGUGGAGUCCAUCAGCUACUACCCCACCACCGCGAGGAUGUGUGCUGCACCACCGCCUCCACUCCAUGCCAUCAACCGAGGCCUGGGGACGGAAGGCCUGGGCACCAUCUUGGCCGGACUUUGGGGCUCCGGUAAUGGCACCAACACCUUCGGGGAGAACGUAGGCGCGAUCGGCGUCACUAAGGUAGGGUCUCGUCGCGUGGUGCAGUGGGCGGCGGGCCUGAUGGUGCUACAAGGGGUGGUGGGGAAGCUAGGGGCGGUGUUCAUCAUCAUCCCUCAGCCCAUCAUUGGGGGGCUGUUCUGCGUGAUGUUCGGGAUGAUCGCUGCCUUUGGUCUUUCAGCUCUCCAAUACGUAGACCUGAACAGCUCCAGAAACCUGUACAUCAUCGGGUUUAGCCUGUUUUUCCCUCUGGUGCUGACUCGCUGGAUGGCGGCCCACAGCGGCGCCAUACAAACCGGCGUAGAAGCACUGGAUGCUGUGCUGCAAGUGCUGCUCUCAACCUCUAUCCUGGUGGGAGGAGUGGUCGGCUGUUUGAUGGACAAUUUGAUACCAGGAACUGACGAAGAACGCGGCCUAGCUGCGUGGGCGCAGCAGAUGGCAUUAGAAACUAGCGCGGAGCCUUCGCUAGAAGGGGACACGUACGACUUCCCCGUCGGAAUGGGGCUGAUACGCAGGUGGAAAUGGACCAGCUACCUUCCCUUCAUGCCCACAUACGAGGCGGGCAAGUUCACAGCGCUGUUUAAGAAGAAGGAGAGGUGAUGCUUGAGAGCAUUCAGCAGUUCAGACUCGUAAUUCUUGCUGCCAAGCUGGAACAAUCAGUGAUAAAUUGAU